GUUUGGUCGUGAGAGGAACAACAUAAUUCCUCUAUAAAGGAAGAACACCCCAUCAACUCACACACACGCAAAUUUGUUGCUUCGAAAAGGAUUCGUCAGCAAAGGAUACUUCCAGAUAUAUAAAACGUGUUCAGUAGCUCCCCUAUAUCAUUCCUCAGCGAAGUCUCCUCACGUCAACAUCUAAGAAUUUUUGUGUCUUCAAAGAAAAAAAUAAAAGACGCGCAACAAACCAAAUACCUCAAGGCAAAUACUAUUGCAGAGAAAGUAAUAAAAUAACUGAAAUAUACUACAAUCUACCUCAUUUUGUAUAAUCGGCGAACUUUUAUAAACAUAUGAAGAAACAUAACACUCUACCUCAAAGUACAAAAAGUGCGUGAAACUAAAAGAAAAGCAUAUCCCAGCAAAAGUGCAGAAAACUUUGCUUAAAUGAAAAUUGUGUGUUUACACUGAUUUAACUAAAAAGUUAUCAAGUAAAAUUACAGUUGGUUUUUGCUCAAAGCGAGACAAAAACAAAAAGCACAAAAAAACACAGAAACGAACACAGAUUAAUGGCUAUUUCAAUGCUACAGGACGCACAGACACGAAGCCUAGCUGCUGCUUUAGCGGGAAUCAAACGGGAGGAGGUCGCUGUAGACCGUUCCAUGUCACUAUCGCCUCCCAUGUCGGCCAACACAUCAGCCAGUAGCGCCGCUGCCAUGUACCCGGGAAUGGGUCUACAACAGGCGGCUGCUGCAUCAGCCUUUGGCAUGCUAUCACCCACCCAACUGCUCGCCGCUAACCGACAGGCGGCUGCAUUUAUGGCCCAGCUUCCAAUGAGUACAUUGGCCACCACACUGUUUCCACACAACCCGGCGGCUUUGUUUGGAGCUUGGGCUGCCCAGCAGUCGCAAAUGCCACCCCAGGGAACGCAUUUGCACUCACCGCCCGCCAGUCCUCACUCGCCCGUGUCUACUACACCUUUGGGUGGCAGUGGCAAGCACCCAUUGACCUCUCCCAGCAGCACACCACAGCACCGUGAGCCUGUAAAGAAGUCUCGCAAAUUAUCGGUAAAGAAGGAGUUUCAGACCGAAAUAACCAUGAGCGUGAAUGAUCUCUAUCACACUCCGGGUGGACCCAUUUCUCCACCUUCCAGCGGAAGCUCGCCCAACUCUACACACGAGGUGGGAAACGUCAGUGCGGGAGUUACUGGUGUCGCAUCCAAAGAUCCUUCACGCGACAAGAGCUUCACCUGUAAGAUCUGCUCACGCAGUUUUGGUUACAAGCACGUCCUGCAGAACCACGAACGUACACACACUGGCGAAAAGCCUUUCGAAUGCCCAGAGUGCCACAAGCGCUUUACCCGGGACCAUCAUCUGAAGACUCACAUGCGUCUACACACAGGAGAGAAGCCAUAUCAUUGCUCCCACUGCGAUCGGCAAUUCGUGCAGGUGGCCAAUCUUAGGCGUCAUUUGCGCGUUCACACUGGCGAGCGUCCGUAUACUUGCGAAAUAUGCGACGGUAAAUUCAGUGACUCCAAUCAGCUGAAGUCUCAUAUGCUGGUCCACAAUGGCGAGAAGCCCUUUGAGUGCGACCGUUGCCAUAUGAAAUUCCGUCGGCGUCACCAUCUGAUGAAUCACAAGUGUGGCAUUCAUUCGCCACCCACACCGGCCCUGUCACCUGCAAUGAGUGGAGACUUUCCCAUGGCAGUCACUUCCAUGUCUCUAGAGCCAUCCGAAAAUAAAUUUGCAGCUAUGUGUACAAGCUAUGGAGGCUCUGAUGGGUCAGUUGAUCUCGAAAAAGGUUCUUUGGAGGACGAGGCUCCUUUGGAUUUGUCUGAGGAUGGUGCCAGCUCAGUAGAUGGUCACUGCAGCAGUAGCAUGGCACGUCGAAAGGCUCAAGAUAUACGUCGUGUAUUUCGUCUACCUCCUCCCCAAAUAAUGCAUGUACGCAGUGAAAUGCCCGAACAAACCGAACCUGAGGACCUCAGCAUGCACUCGCCCCGCUCCAAUGAAUCACAAGAACAAAAUGAAGAUAUUGAAUUGGACGAUUUGGACGAUGCUGCUGCUCUAUAUCUGCGUCAGCACUAAAUCAGUCAUAUUCUAAAUUGUACAUAGCCUUUAUCAGCCUUCAUUAGAUGAAGUUGACCGGCAAAAAUCCACACUAAAUUAAAAAAAAUUAAGUUUCCAGACGGAAAUUAAACUUCUUUUGAAACAGGAAUUUAAUGCGAAGUACAAGAAACUAAAGAAAAUAUAGAUAUUUUAGCGAAAUAAUUGCACAUAAAUU